AUGAUCUGAUGAAGGGCCCCAAAAGAUGGUGGUGUUAAUUUCCCAAAAUCAACUCUCUCUCUCUCUCUCUCUCUCUCUGUUUCUCUCUCUUUUGGUAAAACCACAUGACUCUUCAGCUUCAAAACUGUUAGUGGGUGUCCAUAUCUGCUCAUUUUACACCAACCCAAUGAAGAGGCUAUGGAAGUGAAGAGGAACCAAAAAGUGUAAAGAUGGGAUCUUGUGCUUCAACUCAGAAGAAUCCAAGCUGCUUGGUGGUAGUAUCUCGGUUUGGGUUGGGCAACAAAUCCAAGAGGGUUUUUGAUCCAUCACCAGCAACUGAGAAUCCUGUGAAUGGAAGAGACUUAGUUGGUGGAGUUGAUCUCAAGGAGAAAACUUUGGAGCUUGGCCUUGGUUGUAGGAGCCCAGAGCUUGGCAGUAAGGAGGAGGAAGUCUUUUUCGACUCACAAGCAUGGUUGGACUCCGACUGCGAGGAUGAUUUCUUCAGUGUUAAUGGAGAUUUCAUGCCCUCGAGAGGCAGCACGCCGAAUCAUCAACCGGGCGCACCGACGAGGCCUACAGCGAACAACGUUCAAUUCACCGACAAAUUUCCCGACUCUAAAUCCGAACCUUCUCCGACCGGUCGGAAGCGACUUGCCGAACUUUUUCGGGAAACAUCGCAGCAUGAAAGCACAGUCGGUACGCAAAACACCGUCGAAGCGAGAAUACUCGCAAAUGAGGAGGAUGAUGACGCUCGCAACAUUGUCAACUGCGGCCGACCCGAAAAAUCUCUAGAUGGAACUCCUUACAUUUCUGAAGCUAGUUCUAAUCGCAGUAGCGAUGCGACUCCGAGCAGGGAGGAGAGGAACAAGAGAGAGAAGGCGUGGGACACGAUUCGGUGUUGCUUACCGAACUUGGUUCCGAAUUUUAAUUUCGACGAGAAGGCGGAGAAGAUAAGUUCUGGGCCAUGCACUGCCUAAUACUUCUCUCGCUGGGAAUUACUUAAAUGUGUCUCUACUUGUAAGUUGCAGCUCCCUGAAGAAGCUUUUUUAUCAUCAGUUGCAAAGCUAUGUAGUUUAGUUUACUAUAUUAUAUGUUAUUUGAAGCUGUAUAAAGAAGGGAGAAUGUUGUCAGUUUCUAUACUGUACUCUUCUUUAUCUUGCUUGAAUGUACAAUUCUUGUUCACUUAUAAUUAUUAUGUGGAUUAAUGGGGCAGUACAAAUAUAGGGACACCCUUCAACUGUAGUAUUUUUUCAAA